ACGCCCUCAGCGCUGACCAAAAACAUUUGUGUCCAGACGUUAGCGCUCCGGAGAGCCCGACAACACUGGCUUUUUUCCUUUUAUUUAAUCAAGUCUUACUCACAAGCCGAUAGAGGUUCUUCGAAUAUGGUCUGUGGCGGUUUCACCUGUUCCAAAAAUGCGCUUUGUUCCCUGAAUGUGGUUUAUAUGCUGGUCGGGCUGCUGCUGAUCGGAGUAGCAGCAUGGGGGAAGGGCUUCGGCCUGGUGUCGAGCAUCCACAUCAUCGGAGGGGUCAUUGCGGUGGGCGUCUUCCUGCUGCUCAUCGCUAUCGUUGGCCUCAUCGGAGCAAUACACCACCACCAAGUCAUGCUCUUCUUUUACAUGGUCAUUCUUUUUAUCGUAUUCCUGUUCCAAUUUGGAGUUUCCUGUUCCUGUUUGGCAAUGAACCGUGGACAGCAGGAGGCACUUCUGAACUCCGCUUGGGGAAUGUUGGUGAACAACACAAAGACUCACCUGGAGACCCAGCUGGACUGCUGUGGGCUGCUCAACGUCACUGCCAGCCGGGUACAGUUUGAUCAGGACCUGCAGAACUGCCCCGCUUCAUGCAAAAAGACACCCCUCGGCUGUUACACCUGCGGGGAGAAGAUGCUAGAUCAUGCAACAGAGGCUCUGAAGAUCCUCGGGGGCGUUGGACUCUUCUUCAGCUUCACAGAGAUCCUGGGAGUGUGGCUCGCCGUGCGCUACAGGAACCAGAAGGAUCCACGAGCAAACCCAAGUGCUUUCCUAUAGUCGGUCCCACGUGCGCAGCUCAGCGCUGCAGAUGCAGUUUCAGACACACUGGUACACAUAGAAUCAUGCACAUCUAGAGGCAGACACACAGAACAACACCACACCAACCACAACGACACGGAAUGGACGAGCGCACGCAGCACCUGACUUAACACUGAGAAACGAAACACACGCACACCUUCACCCGAGACUGAGAAACUACGCCCACCUGUCCAGAAAUGAUGCCAGAGCUCCAGCUGGAAGACCUGGAUACUUAUGUAUGAAAGGAUAACUUGUAAUACCAAGAAGUGUGACUUGUUGGUGUCGCGACCCAGCCUUGAUUUGAGUACCAGAUCUCCUGCUAGUUUCCAACUAUGUAACAAGGGAUGAGACGUCUCUGCAUGUGUCCUACGCCUGCACAGACAAACAGCCUCUCUGUUGAUUUCAUUCCACACUCCAACCAAAUGACUGUGCCGUGUCCAACAAAAUAACUUGUAUGCACCUUGAAAUUUUUUCCUCUUGUCUCUAAUGUAGUGCCACCACUUAAAAGACGAAUAUAUUCCUCUGGUCAGUGCUAUCGGUGAUGUGUAGAACUGUAAACCCAAACAUGUCCAGUGUGAUGAGUUUGUGCGAGGGCGGAAAAAAGACGGCACGUACUGGACAUGUGGUGUAAAGUAGUUUUCGAAUUGUAUGUAAAUGUUCUUUUGUUUUUUCAGAUGCCACAAAUGCCGGGAUUAAACAGGAUUAGGAAGCAAGAGUAGAUGUUAGGUAACGUAGUUGCUAGUCUCUCGGGUUCAAAAUAUUUAUGAACUGUAACUGAGCCAACUAACUUUUAACAGUCGGAGAUAUUAGGAUGCCAACGGACUGCAACCUUGAUGUUGUACAUAAUCUUUUAGAAAUCAUUCUCGAUGGGUUUGCCGUGUAGUUGUCCCUCUCGCUGGGAGGUUUGCCUGCAUAGUUGAGGUCUUUGACGGCCACAAUAAUACACCCCUCCUGUAUUUAAUAUGUUCCUUUGUGUCGCACAGUGAUGUUGCUUAGUGUAGACUCUGGUAGUAGAGAAGUGGAUUCAGGUACGUAUCAUUUUACCUCCUGUCUAACUGGAAGAAAUCACAUAAAAAAAAAAAAAAAAUAGUGCUGGUUAAUUUGAAGUAAUUGGGUAAAUUUGGCUGAAACUGCUCAUCGCAAACCCAGUUUUGUUUUUAAUGAUGUUUAUUGUAAAUGUGCUCUUGGUUGCAAUUAUUUUUUGAAUAUUUUGAAACAAUUAUUUAGAUUAUUUGUUCUCAGUUGCCAUCCGCUCUUUUUGUUCACCAGUGUUAAGAUGCUUUGUAAAAAAAAAAAAUGUGUUAAAUAUUUCAGGAUCUAUUUAAGUUAAGUUUGAGGACGCACACUAGGCUGAAGUUAUGUCGUAGUUUUAAUGAUAUAAUUUUGAUGCCUUGCUCGAUGUUUGACAUUUCCUGUUUAUAAAUCACUGCUUAUUAAUUCUCUCUCUUAAGGUGUUUCUCCUCUUGUUUUAUUGUUGAAUUGCUUUUAACUUAAAGGACUAACACAAACUGUAAUUACAUGUCUUACUUGAACCUGUCGACUUGGCUGGUAAUGGAUUUCCUGCUGCUGAUUCAGAGUCAUCGCUGGUGUAAACAAACAUUUUGAUAGAUCUUAAGCAUUAUGCCAUAUAUUAAACCUCACUUUGAAUUUGUGUGCACUUGUUAUUCAAAUGUAUCUUGAAUUUUUGAGACUUAAUUUUCCAAAUAAUAAAACCUCAGAUUGGAAACUGA